GGUCGACGUACUCCAUCGUAGACCUAAUCAUCGCUUACCAUCACACGAGAUAGUGAUCAAACGUCGGCCCCUCAAAAGCAUGUUCCAGUACUACGUAAAAACGACUGAAUGGAUUUCCUGUAAUUUUCACACACAUUUGCUAAAUAUUUAACUAUAAUAUAAGUAACGCUAAUGUUCUAAAAAAGAUAUUCUUUCCUUUAUAAGUGAAGAAUAUAAGAUUUCCUUUAUAAGUGAAGAAGUGUUCAGUUCAGACUUGUACACUCAGAAAAUGAAUGAUAUAAAUAAGCAUUACAAUCACUAGUUAUCAAAACACACUUACCCAGCUUAUUAUUUUCAAUUUGAUAUGGCUUUUAUCAAUGAUUGUAUGACAUGGAAAAUAAUCAGAAGCACAUGUUCAGUCAACUACUAAGAGAUAAUGUACGGGAUCCUAAAGAAUUAUAGGCUUGGAUUCUUAUUAUCAUAUGUUUUCAUUUGUUGUAACACUGAAGUACCAAAUACUACGGCAUCUGUUAUACUAAUAUCAUUUUUUGAAUACGGUAUCCACGUUGAAGGCGAGGAAGUAUCACUUGCAAUUAACGGUUACAUUCCACCGUUUACUCCCAUUUUUACACAAAAUGUGACGCCACAACGCAGCGAUUUGGAGCAGAAAUUCACAUAUCUAAGAGCGGAGUAUGUCAGUCCCAUGUCAGCAGUUGAUGUUGUAUAUAAUGAUAAAACUUUUUCACUAUCGUUUUAUGUUAGGUUUCCAUUUCUCAACAUACCUUUUGGAAUUGUUGGUUACUCGGUUAAGCCAUCUCACAGUAGAACUUGGAACACAUGGAGAAGAAACAAAAACCAUGUGACAUUGUAGAACCCACUAAGCACCAGUUAUUGUAAUGUGAAAUAAGUACUUGUAAAAGAAUAUUUGUCCAAGUUAUUGGCAAAAUAACAUAAAAAUAAG